UGAAGAAGUGAGAGUGGGAAACAUCCAAUCACAAGGCAGUUCGGCUUUCCGUGACCUUUUAAUUGCAAGUGUAUAAUUAAUGUGAGGAGCGGCCAGGAGUCUCGCUCUCUCUGGGACAAGAUGUAACAUCACAGCAGAAACCUGGAACCAGCCCAGAGAAGAAAGCCCUCCCACAGUUCUGAAGGGAUCUCCAGGGAUCACUGUGGCCUCGCGGUCGAUCUCCGAGAAGCUGUUGCCUGGCUAGCUCUCGCCGCCUGUAAAAUCGGAAGCUAUCUACGCCGUACCUGUAGCCUGCCUCCAGAGUGCUAGUAUGAGUGUGAUGCACAUAAGCAUGGAGCAAAGCACUGACGAAACUCAGCCAGAUGCUUCGCAGAGCAAGACCCUUGCUGGCAGAACUAGGUCUUCAGAGGUGACCUGCAGCCAGGAAGCAAUAAAUGGGAUUGAUUGCGGUGAUUCCAGAUCACAGGAGGCCACUGACAAUAGUCAUAGAUUCUCUGAGAAGGAGGUUUCCAGAACGGUCAGUUUGGAAAAGUUCCAUCAGAAGGAAGAAGAGUGUGAAAAACUAAAGGAAGAGAAAAGAGUCUUGAAGCAAAGAUUGAACCAUAUCUUGGCCAAAGCAAUGGAAAGCCAUAAGUUCUCUGAGAACUUGAAUGAUCCCUGUCGAUUAUCAGCUGUGCUGGAGAUGUAUGACAGGCUCAAGACGCAUGAGUGGGAGAAAGCCAAAUGUGCUGCAAGAGCCUCCGGCUUCUCAAUGACAUAUAAAGAUGGUAGCACCAUAAUUAAGGCUGUGUUUUCCACAUGUGAAGAAGAGCUGUCACAAAAAAUGAAUCAAAUCUCUGAACUCCUGGAGAUUCCAUUUUGGAAAGAAACCACAAGCCAACAGCUACCCCCUGGGCUCAUAAAAGACAUAAAGAAUCACAUUAAACUUCUCUAUUUUAACUAUGAAGAACAGAUUUACUGCACCAGGAGUAAGGCUGCAGCGGAGCUACUUCUUCACUUUGCAGCUCUUUUUUCUGUCAUCCUUUGCAAAGCUCUGUUUUGGAUCUGGGGAUCAAAGGCAGCUCAUGGCUACCAGGCCUCUGGCAUACUGAGCUCCAGAACCUAGAACUUCUCCAGAUGGGAGAUCAGAAUAAAUAAAGGAUCCUAGGACAUGCCUCUUCCACUGCUGUCAGGUCUGGGUUAGGAAUUCAGUUAUUGAUAUUAGCCCAUAAUUAAAAGCGGUAAAGUGAGUCAAAGGAUUGUGGCAGAGUUUGCUUUAGAAUUAUAACAUCACAGCGCAUGUAAGAGAAUCACUGUCCUCACUUCAUUUUCAGCCUGCUCUUCCUCUUCAUCUGCAGACGUUUCAGCCACUUGUAAAGUUCUCAGCCAAGUGCUAUAAAACAUACUGUUUGUUGCAUCUUCAGA